CAUUUGCUGAAUUGGAAAAAAAUCUUAAUAAUAAUCAAAUUCAACUAUUUUGAGGCAUUUGAUUAGCUUGCUGGAGAUGCUUUUGCUGGCAGGCAGAUUGUGGAAUUUGGAACAGCAAAAACGACGACGGUUUCAUUAUCUUCCGAUCAAUUUGAAGCUUGGACGAGGUGGCAAUCGGGUAAUUUGCUUUAUCAGUACUGCGCAAGGUUCAAGUAAAACUGUAGACUUCAAAUUUCAGGCGCCGACUAACCAAGCCAGCGAGCUUCAGCCUUGAAAUCAAAAUCUUCAAGUUUCACUUCCAAAGCGCCAAUUACUCUUCAAACCCAGCGACGAGAAUGGAGGAACCUCAAAACGACGCUGUAGCCUCGGGGGCCGCAGAGACCGAGAACGAGCCCAUUGUCGGACCGGGUCCCGCCCCGCGAGCCCGCCCCAAGCGCCCGCUCCAGUUCGAGCAGGCCUACCUCGACGCGCUUCCCUCCGCUAACAUGUACGAGAAAAGUUAUAUGCACCGCGAUGUGGUUACGCAUGUAGCUGUCUCUCCAGCAGAUUUUUUCAUAACUGGAAGCACUGAUGGGCAUUUGAAGUUCUGGAAGAAAAAGGCUAUUGGUAUCGAGUUUGCAAAGCAUUUUAGGUCCCACCUUGGUCCAAUUGAAGGUUUAGCUGUUAGCAUUGAUGGGCUGCUCUGUUCUACAAUUUCAAAUGAUCGAUCUGCGAAGAUAUAUGAUGUGGUCAACUAUGAUAUGAUGGUCAUGAUUGGCCUAACGUUUGUUCCUGGUGCCGUUGAAUGGGUCUACAAACAAGGGGAUGUCAAAGCUAGGCUUGCCGUUAGUGAUCGAAACUCCACAUUUGUGCACAUAUAUGACGCACGAGCUGGUUCAAAUGAAUCUAUCAUUUCCAAAGAGAUGCAUGUGGCACCAGUAAAAGUUAUAAAGUACAACCCCGUAUUUGAUGCUGUGAUAUCCGCAGAUGUAAAGGGAAUCAUCGAGUAUUGGAGCCCUGCUACAUUUGAGUUCCCAGAGAACGAGGUGAACUUUAGAUUGAAAAGUGAUACUGAUCUCUUUGAAAUUGCGAAAUGCAAAACAUCUGUUUCUGCUAUUGAGGUGAGCCCAGAUGGUAAGCAAUUUUCGAUUACAUCACCCGAUCGUAGGAUACGUGUGUUUUGGUUCAGAACAGGUAAACUCAGACGAGUUUAUGAUGAAUCUCUUGAGGUGGCCCAAGAUCUUCAGAGAAGUGAUGCUCCCUUAUACCGGCUGGAAGCUAUUGACUUUGGGCGAAGAAUGGCUGUUGAGAAGGAAAUAGAGAAAACAGAAAGCGCACCACAACCAAAUGCAGUUUUUGAUGAAAGCUCUAAUUUUCUUAUAUAUGCCACCCUCCUUGGGAUUAAAGUAGUAAAUUUGCACACCAACAAAGUUACUCGAAUUCUUGGAAAGGUGGAGAACAAUGAUAGGUUCUUGAGAAUUGCGUUAUAUCAAGGUGAUCGAAGCAGUAAAAAAGUUAGAAAAAUUCCUGCAGCUGCCGCAAAUGUCAAUGAGAGCAAAGAGCCUUUGACGGAUCCAACUCUUCUAUGUUGCGCUUUCAAGAAGCACAGAAUAUAUCUAUUCAGUCGAAGAGAACCAGAGGAGCCUGAAGAUGCAACCAAGGGAAGGGACGUGUUUAAUGAAAAGCCUCCCCCUGAUGAACUUCUAGCUGCGUCAGAUAUUGGCAAAGCUGUCACAACUUCCCUUCCUGACAAUGUGAUUAUGCAUACCACAAUGGGUGAUAUUCACAUGAAAUUGUACCCAGAGGAAUGUCCAAAAACUGUGGAGAACUUUACGACACACUGUCGGCAUGGCUACUAUGAUAAUCUCAUUUUUCACCGGGUCAUCAAAGGCUUCAUGAUACAGACAGGAGAUCCUUUGGGAGAUGGCACUGGCGGGCAAUCUAUUUGGGGAAGGGAGUUUGAGGAUGAGUUUCACAAAAGUUUACGACAUGACAGGCCUUUCACGGUGUCAAUGGCAAAUGCGGGGCCAAACAGUAAUGGAUCUCAGUUCUUUAUCACCACAGUAGCUACUCCUUGGCUGGACAACAAGCAUACAGUUUUUGGUAGAGUUAUAAAGGGAAUGGAUGUUGUACAGGCUUUAGAGAAAGUGAAGACAGAUAAGGGUGACACGCCAUAUCAAGAUGUGAAAAUUCUAAAUGUGACUGUUCCCAAGUCUUAAAGAUUUCCCUUCCAAUGGUUGAUCUAUCAAGAUAUGGUCUGUGGCGUUACUGAGUUACUGGUGAACCUUGGCUCCAAAAGAUUAAUGUCAGGUAUGUGUGGUUGCAUAUGAAAGGAGUAUAAGAAGAUUAACAUUGUUGAAUUUGUAGUCAGCUGAAAACGUCAUCAUCAACCUAGUUCCCAUGAGAUGUGGGGUACCAAUAGUUUUUCUAGCUGCAAUGUUCGUCUUAAUUCUUUCUGAAAUCGUGAGGGAAGUUCUGCAUGCGAUAAAGACUUCAUUUUAGUUAUCUUUACAUCUUUUUAGUCAUUUGAUUAUUGUACGUGUUAUUAGUUGUGUGUUUCUUCUUCUUCUUCCUUUUUUUUUGGGCAAAAUUGAAGAGGUAGUCGAAAUUCAUGCAUAGAUUUCUGUAAUGCAUCCGAAUGAUAGUUUCUUUAUUUCCCCCUGAUUGUCUUGGUGAUAAUUGACCUAUGCUACAUAACUGCAUUCUCAUUUUGUUCAUGACUAGUAAAAUCAGGUUUCACAACA